GACCAAAAUGUCCUCACUGCUGAAGCCGUUUUCGGUGUGUGAGGGGCCGUGCGACAGCUGCUGUGUCAGGAGAGGAUGUCCGAGCUCGGCUCCCCAUCAGCAGCUUCCAUCCCGGCGUCUGGCCGCCGCGGCGGGGCUUGGAUUUCUGCCGACACACCAGCGGUCAUCCGCGGCGAGGAGAAAUCUGGCGGCCGCUGCCGUCGGAGGGAGGAAAAUCACGCAUCCUGGAAAGGCCAUCCUUGCAGGUGGCAUUGCAGGAGGAAUCGAGAUCUGUAUUACCUUCCCUACAGAGUAUGUCAAGACCCAGCUGCAGCUAGACGAGAGAGCCAACCCGCCACGAUACAGAGGGAUCGGUGACUGUGUGAAGCUGACCGUGCAGGAUCACGGGCUCAGAGGAUUGUAUCGAGGUCUCAGCUCUCUGCUCUAUGGAUCAAUACCCAAGUCUGCAGUGAGGUUCGGCACGUUUGAGAUGCUCAGCAACCCAAUGCGAGACCCCACGGGACGGCUAGACAACACGCGGAGCCUCGUGUGUGGUUUAGGAGCAGGCAUAGCAGAGGCCAUCGUGGUUGUCUGCCCCAUGGAGACACUCAAGGUGAAGAUGAUCCAUGACCAGUGUUCCCUCAGACCUCGCUACAGAGGCUUCUUUCACGGAGUCAGUGAGAUUAUCAGAGAACAGGGUGUGAGGGGGACGUAUCAAGGUCUGACAGCCACUGUGCUGAAACAAGGAACCAAUCAGGCCAUCCGAUUCUAUGUGAUGAACUUGCUGCGCAAUUGGUACAAAGGUGACGACCCCAGGCGAGAAAUGCACCCAAUUGUCACGGCGAUGUUUGGAGCGACGGCGGGAGCUGCCAGCGUCUUUGGAAACACACCUCUGGAUGUGGUGAAAACCAGGAUGCAGGGUUUGGAGGCCCACCGCUACAAAACCAGAGGUUAUGUGCCAGAGAACUUCUUGGCACAGUGCAGUAACUUCCUGGAGUCACUGGUUGGCUAG